CGGAUUGCUUGUGCAACAAAUCACAAUUAACAACCAUCAUCGACACAAUGAGCGCCCCAAUGACCCCGACCGCGCCGGCCGCCGACGAGCCCUCAUACAUCGAUUACGAAGCCUUUCUUGACCCGUCGUUCUCCCCCUCCUCCUUCGCCAACACCCUCGUCCUGGCGACCAACAACCCCAGCGACACCCCGCUCGACCUCUCCACCCCACUCUCUCGAGUCCUGUUCGACAUCCAAGAAAUCGACUCCCACAUCGACCUCCUCACAACCCGCUCCGCCCUCCCUUUACUCACACACACGCAAUCUCAGACCGCCGCCAGCGCAAACAUCCUCACCGCCCUCCAGUCCCAAAUCACAGCCCUCAACGAGAGCUACGCCCAGCUCGAGCGCGAAGUCACGCACAAGCACGCCGAGGCGGACGAGGUGCGCAAUGUGGCGUCGCGACUGUGGACGACGCUCCGGCUCGGCCGCGCCGUGGGGCGGUGUCUGCAGUUGGGGAGGCAGCUCGAGGCGCAGCAUACCGAGCUGGCGGGGUCGGUUGGCGCGACGGCGACGACGAGUGCUGCGAGCGCGCGCGUGCGGGUGGAUCACAGGGCGUUGGUAAGGUGCGCGCAUACGCUGCUUGCGCUGAGGGAGAUGUUUGCUGGUACGGAGGUGCCUGGGGCGGAGGGGUUUGGGUUGGAUAAGGUCACGGUCGUGAGGGGGUUGAGGGAGGGGGUGGUGAUGCCAAUAGAGAGGGCGGUGAAGGAAUCGGCCGAGAGGAUCGUGAGGGAGUUUUCAGUCGGGAGUGCGUCGGGGGCCGCGACUUUUGCGCAGUCGGAGGAGGUGAAAGCGAGAACAGUGUCUGCGCUGACAGCAUUGUAUCUCCUUACCCCAGUGCCGGGAAAGAGUGGGGAUAAGUGGGCCCCGACGUGGAUGCUGCAGGCAUUGGAGGUCUACUUGAAGUCCGCAUUGCAAAGUAGUAUCGCUGGGCUGUCGAGGGCAUUGGCGACGUUGCCAAGCUUGGAGAGGACGUUGGCUGAGGUCAGCGCGAGAUGUCAGAAUGUGGUGGCGCUGGAGGCGGUGUUGGAAUCAACCAAGGCGCCGGAGCAUCCUCUGUUGCAGGGAAAGCAGGCUCAGCACGCGGGUGGAAACAUGCUUCAGCCGCUGUUGGCGCAUCUGGAGACGGGUUCGCUUGCCAGCUACUUCUGGCGAACCAUGGCGGGUAGUAUGGCACCCCGAGUGCAGGAGAUCGUCGCCAAGGGAGGAGUCUCUGCUCGAACUUUGAAGACGAACCGGCAGAGUGUGGGGGAGGCCAUCAAGGAUUGUGUGGCCAAGGGCAGUCAACUGCCCAGCGCGGUCGCUGCGGCAGCCAAAGGGAAGGGCAAGGGCAAGGAAGCAGAGGCCACGGGGAAGCAUUGGGAAAGAGAGGUGGCCGUCAUGCGCCGCGUCGGAGUCCCGACUGUACGACUCCCGCCGGCCGCCAACGCACUUAUCGACGCCACUAGCUGGGCCGAGAAGGUUGGGCCCCAUGUCAAACUCAGCCGGCCGGGUCUUGGCACGCCGUUCUACGACUGGACAACUGCUGAGCAGAAUGCCUAUAUGUGGCUCCUGGACAUAAUCGACAAUCCGCAAGCGUUAGCAUCAGCCUUCAAUUUGAACUAUGAGCCAAGGACUGAAGAGGGGCUACGCAACCUGGCACUGAAGGAGAAGAAGACCAUCGCGGAGGCAACCCUCUGGGCGAACGUUCGAUCACAGCUCACAAGUUGGCGGCCGCGCAUCUUCUCGCCCCUUAACGGCCUCGUCUUCGAGAAGGGUCGGUUUACCCAUUCGUUCAACCGAAGGCCGACAAAGGAGCACAGCAUCGCUAUGCAAAAGGCGAAGCAGAAUCUAGACGAGUUUCGGGGAGAGUUUGACAAGGCCGUCGGAGCGAAGGAUGAGAAGUCUGUGAAUCACAUCAAAAGCUGGUGGCAAUCUCGAGCACGUGCCAGGAAGCCAAGAUGGGUCGAUGACGCUGGUCCUAGUCGCGCCAUGGCCCCCAGCAAGCCUACCCAGCAAGAACUUUCCCAGAUCGCCGAUCAACUGCUCAACCUGAGGCUUAACGACCAAACCGCGGGAAAGGCAGCUCCCUCCGCGAGGCAAGCGAACGUAAGGAAAAGCUCAAGUCGCGGGGCGUGGCUGACCCAGGCAGGGCUGGAUAGGAUGCGGUCAACGAAGGGGAUGGCAAUAACGAGUCCCAACCUCCGCCGCGACCGGUCUUCAAAAGUCAGCCAAAGGGCCAUGAGCGUGGUUGAGAUGCUCUUCUUCCACGAGUCGGCCCAUGACCAUGCUGGCGAAAUGGACUGGAAGGACUGACUCCAUUUCACGGGAGAGAUUGGAUUUUCGGCGGCACUGUUGUACGGUUCGGUCUGGAACUUAACCCCAGCCGGUGACAACUUGCUGACAAGUUUGACCACGGACAAAAUCUCGAUUGAAAACCCGCAUUCGACGCCUAAGAUGUCCUUUUGGCGAGUAGACACUUGGAGCCAUAGGCGGACGCACAAGUAUCCCUUCCAGGAUGCCUCGUCUCUGGAGGAGAGGUAGGAGCGAAAGUGUUCAGCCAAGGUAGCUGGUAUCAGGCAGGCAGCCUGAGAUGGAUAAGGGAGAUUGAAUACUGUAGGUAACAGUUAUGGUUUUUUUUUUUUUUUAUCUCGGUAAGUGAAUGUCAUUUAGAAGGUGAGUCAGAUGAUGUGAAAUAUAUGCCAGUGAUUUUCGAU